CGACUGCUCACAACUCCCAAUCCCCACACAAUUUAGUGACAAUGGCGACAGACGUGGCUUUCGAUACGAGCAUGGGCUCUUUCACAGUAGAGCUCUACAAUAGCCAUGCGCCCAAGACAUGCAAAAACUUCGCAACCCUCGCGCAGAGGGGCUACUAUAACGACAUCAUCUUCCACCGCAUUAUUCCCAACUUCAUGGUACAAACGGGCGAUCCUACCGGCACUGGCAGAGGCGGCAGUUCCAUCUACGGCGAGAAAUUUGAGGACGAAAUAAAGCAGGACCUUAAGCAUACGGGGGCUGGGAUCUUGAGCAUGGCCAACAGUGGACCGAACACCAACGGCAGUCAGUUCUUCGUCACCCUCGCUCCGACGCCGUGGCUGGACGGAAAGCACACAAUCUUCGGGCGCGUUAAGAGCGGGAUGCGGGUGAUCCAGCGCAUGGGGCUUGUGAAGACAAAUGGCGAAGACCGGCCAUUUGAUGAGGUCAAGAUCAUCCGUGCCCGGGUUGUAGAAGAGGGGGAAGAAUGAGAAGUGGUCUCUUGACUAGAGCCUAGAGUGCGACAGACAAGCUUAGGAGCUCAUCUUCGCAAUCUUCUAUCGGCUUGCAUCACUCUACUUCAAUAGGUAGAGUCCAUAUCCGAUGUCUACCGCGGCUUUGUGGAACAUUACUGGAUGAGUCUCGAUUGCCGCCUCGCCUCGUUUGAGACAAACAGCAGUCUGUCUUACACGAAAGCCUCGCACGCCGAGUCCAGAUUAUCGUCACGAUUACAAUGUGUACGCCCCUAGGGCGGAUGAUUAUGAUUAGGAAACCUACUUGGCGAACAAACCAAGUUAGAUUAAUGCAAUGAGUGUAUCACUAC